AUGAGUGCGGAAGAGAUCUCCAACAAGGAGCGAGAAAGGGCUGAGCGGGCAACCAAGGAAUGGGAAGCGAACCCUUUCAUGAAGAUAUUUAAAGUCGCCGACACGGAUCUUGACAACGAAAUGAUAGCCUUUGCCUCAUUUCUUGUGUAUAAGAACGAUGAAGAAGCAAAGGAGAUAAAGAUCCGACACGCUGAUGAUAUUGAAAAUCUUCUUGGUGAUAGGGUCAAUCUUGAGAUGGCCAGGGACUUCUUGGGAAGGCUAUGGGAGGUCAAGGCUCGGCUAGUAGGCAAGACUCCUCAUGUCCAACUGACGCAACUAGCAACAUCACCGAGGCAUCAGCGUAGAGGCGCUGGUCAGCUUCUGGUUGAGAGCGGGGCAGAACUUGCCGAUAGCCUGCACUUGAAGAGCUUCCUAGAGGCGAGUGAAACCGGGGAGAAACUCUACAAAAAAUUGGGUUACACAGAGGUCGAGGUGCUCGAAUUUGACAUCAGGAAAUGGGGAGGUGAUGUCGACCCACAGCGCAUGAAAUUCAUGCAGCGCGAACCAAGGCAUUGA